AAAGGAGAUUGGCAAGCACACUGGCGUGCAGUGCAUGGUCACAACCGGGGGUACUACCCUGAAGGACGAUAUCAUGCGUCUCUACAACGUGGUGCACAUCUUGGUCGGCACCCCUGGACGCGUGCUGGACCUCGCGGACAAGGGCAUCGCUAACCUCAAGGAGUGCACCACUCUCAUCAUGGACGAGGCGGAUAAGCUUCUGUCGCCCGAGUUCCAGCCCGUGCUGGAGCAGCUGGUGAACCACUGCUCCAGGAAGAGGCAAAUCUGCCUCUUCAGCGCCACGUUCCCCGUCACCGUGAAGGACUUCAAAGACCGCCACAUCAGCAACCCUUACGAGAUCAACCUGAUGGACGAGCUCACGCUCAAGGGUAUCACCCAAUUCUACGCCUUCGUUGCGGAGCGCCAGAAAGUGCAUUGCCUCAACACGCUCUUCUCCAAGCUGGAGGUCAACCAGUCCAUCAUCUUCUGCAACUCCGUCAACAGGGUGGAGCUCCUGGCGAAGAAAAUCACGGAGCUGGGCUACUCGUGCUUCUACAUCCAUGCCAAGAUGCAGCAGUCGCACCGCAACCGCGUCUUCCACGAGUUCCGCAACGGAGCCACUCGCCACUUGGUGUCGUCGGACCUGUUCACCCGUGGUAUCGACAUCCAGUCGGUCAACGUGGUGAUCAACUUCGACUUCCCCAAGAACGCUGAGACCUACCUCCACCGCAUUGGCCGCUCGGGGCGUUUCGGACACCUUGGCCUGGCGAUCAACCUCAUCACCUACGAGGACCGUCACAACCUCUUUCGCAUCGAGCAGGCCAGUGAACUCGGCACGGAGAUCAAGCCCAUUCCUGCUGUCAUCGACCGCGACCUUUACUGCCGCUGAGAUAAACAAAAAAGCGCAAAAAUGGCGUGACCGCUUCUGUCCCUCCAUCAAACCUGCGAAGCAUGUCUGGGACCUGUUGAAAGCCCUUCUGUUGGUGUAAAAGAGGAGCGUGAACGAGGUUUUUGGUUGGCCGGAUUGAGAACGCUGGAGGGGGCGCCUCCAAGAGAAUUGUUUAUGAUACUUUGUUUCACGCUGUUGUUCCACGUUGCAGGUGUGUGUGCUUGACGUGAUGACACAAAGGCUAGCAAUACGGUGUUGGUGCUUUCUACCAACUUGCCGGACGGCAGGACCCCAAAAGUCGAGGGGAACGUUCAGCGCGGACGAACUAGGAGACCUCUCAUGUACAAUAUCCGACCUUGUUGGUGUUCGGUGGUUGUGUGUUGUGCUUCGUUGCCCCCGUGGUGUGUCGGUGGGGUGGGCGCUCCUGCUUUUUUGGCGGUAGUGCUGUCCGGUAGGUGGUGUGUAGCGUUGUGGACAACCAAGUGGGUUUCGAGGUCGGUGUCGACUGUGGGAACGGACUACGCGUGCGAAGCGGGGUCGCCGCUACCACCAAGCGCGCUUCGCUCGACGCUGUUUCCUUUUCGCUACAAGAUUUCCAAUCGAAACAAGGGUUUUGCCGAUUUCGUGGAAAGGACUUGAUUCGAAGCGCGGCGCACCAACGGUCAGUUUUUUAACAUGUUUGUUUUUGUCAGAAACGACGAACGUUGACCAUGUUUCCUCCACCGUGUGUCGUACGUGAAACGUUCGGAAACUACGUUGCUCCCCUCCGUGCCAUGAGUGUUAAGGAUGGGCAGGUUGUUGGCGGGUUUCGGUCGGUUGUUACCCCACCGCAAAAUCGAUCGCCAUGACCUGUAGACCAGGGAGGGCGAGGCAGCGCUCUGAAUGGCGGUGAUGGGCAAGCGGAGCUGCCGUUUCAUGUGGUACGGGAACCCCAACCUUGUCGUGAGUUGAAAAAUGACUCAUUUUGUUUUUCGGUCGGCUGGCCCUGAUGCGGACCUUUUCGUUUUUGUUGGGCUGGCUAUUUGGGGCAUUGAUUGCUCACAGCCCUUCGUUAGCUUCCGCCGUGGAAUAGUUCAUGAUCCAGGAACGUUCGCCUUGCUGUUUUACCCCGACCCCAAUCUAUUUUGCGGUCGGUAAACCUCCCGCUCAUAAUUGGCGGGCCAUGAUGGUGGUUUGAAAUCCCCCCUCCUUUUUCCAACUUCAACUUCGUCCCUGGACUGGGAAUGGACCGAUUAAUGUUGAGGUUUGAAUGGAGGGUGUUCGUAAAAACGUGGAUGGGGAUGUCAAGGAAAACGCCCCGGCGUUUUGGCGUGGAACGCGACUGACGCAAAGUACUGUCUGCCAAUGUACUUAGUGUUGCCCCUAUUCGAGGCACAAUGAAGAAAUGUUUGGCAUAUGGGCAAUGUCAGUGCUUGCGAGGUGGGUUUUUGUCAAAGCCUGCCCGCGUGACACCGUUGGCGAAGCCACUGAGCCAUUGAGCCUUUCGCUGCUUUUCUGCCGAAGAUUAGAACAGCCAUGACUUUCGGGAGCUGGGGGGG